AUGGGAACAAAUGUGUUGAAGAAGUACAAACAAAGUGAAAUAACUGGAAUUGUUCAGCUUUUUGGAUCUAUCGAAUCACACACGAGAAAGUCAGUGCAGCUCAAUGCAUUGGCUAGAAAUUUUUCUCAAACGUUGGCCAAUGAAGUCUCAGUUUUUGAGUUUGGUCAGACAUUUAGCUAUAAUAAGGUAUACUUUAGAUCCAUAAACAAUGAGCAUGUAACAUUGGAGAGCCACCUAGAGGGAACCUUUCAAAAGUCCAUUAAUAAUGAUGGAGUAAUAUGUGUCAUAACUCAAGAUGAACUAAGCCAGAAAGCUGAAGCGUAUGUCCACUACACAUAUGUUAAGUCAAAACAACAACUGAUGGUCGCUGAUAUCCAGGGAGUUGGAUACAGUCUCUGCGACCCUGAAAUUGCCAGUGCAGAGCUGCAAGACCCAGAUGAUAACUCAAUUAUAUUCUGUACUGGCAACCUCUCAUACCAUGCAAUUGAAAACUUCCCAAAUUGA